AUGCUGGCGUCCAUCGCUGCCCCCUGCCCUGCCGCCUAUCUGCACCCCAAAGCUCUCCAGCUCACUCCCACUGGUGAUGGCACCCAGCAGCAUCUUGACGCGGAGGUGGCGAUCCCAGGCGCCAUCAAGCUGCAGGAGGGGCUGUUUGAGUUGGGCCGCGCCCCGCCUGCCGACAUCCUCAUCGAGAUCCCCACGGUGAGCACCCGGCACGCCACGCUGCGUGUCGGCGAGGCGUCCGUCAUUGUCACUGACCUGGGCUCCACCAACGGCACCACAAUUGAUGGCGAGGAACUGGAGGCAACCCAAGCGGCCGAGCUGAAGCCAGGCAGCGAAAUCGUGUUUGGCGACAAGUACAUUGCAAAGUUCCGCCUGGACGUCGUCGAAGAUGCGCCGCCCCCAGCAGAGGCCCCCGCCGCCAAGGAAGCUGUCCCCGCUGCCGCCGAAGAGAAGGCAGAGUGA